UGUUGUAGUUGGCAGCGCUCCACCUUGUCAGGUUAGUUCGCUGCUGGAGCGCUGGAGGAACUUUGUCUGUGUCGGUCAUUCAGAAGUUUUUCAUUUCGACCAAAAUGAGGGAAAUCGUUCACCUGCAGGCAGGCCAAUGUGGAAACCAAAUUGGAGCUAAGUUCUGGGAGGUGAUAAGUGACGAACAUGGCAUCGACCCGUCCGGGACAUACCAUGGGGACAGCGACCUGCAGCUGGAACGGAUCAACGUGUAUUACAACGAGGCGACAGGUGGCAAGUACGUCCCUCGUGCAGUGCUGGUGGACUUGGAGCCAGGCACAAUGGACUCUGUGAGGUCUGGUCCCUUUGGCCAAAUCUUUAGACCAGACAACUUUGUUUUUGGCCAGAGCGGAGCCGGUAAUAACUGGGCUAAAGGCCACUACACUGAAGGAGCCGAGCUGGUGGACUCUGUCCUGGAUGUGGUGAGAAAGGAAGCGGAGAGCUGCGACUGCCUCCAGGGCUUCCAGCUCACACACUCCCUGGGAGGAGGCACCGGCUCCGGCAUGGGCACGCUGCUCAUCAGCAAAAUCCGAGAGGAGUAUCCAGACCGCAUCAUGAACACUUUCAGCGUGGUGCCUUCACCCAAGGUGUCAGACACAGUGGUGGAGCCAUACAAUGCCACCCUCUCCGUCCACCAGCUGGUCGAGAACACAGACGAGACCUACUGCAUUGAUAAUGAGGCCCUGUAUGACAUCUGCUUCCGCACACUGAAGCUCACCACGCCCACCUACGGUGACCUCAACCACCUCGUCUCAGCCACCAUGAGUGGGGUGACCACCUGCCUGCGCUUCCCCGGCCAGCUCAAUGCUGAUUUGAGGAAACUGGCUGUCAACAUGGUGCCCUUCCCCAGGCUGCAUUUCUUCAUGCCAGGCUUUGCCCCCCUGACUAGCCGUGGCAGCCAGCAGUACAGGUGGAGAGGCAGGGGCGUCCUUUUUAGAGACUGGAUCAGACCCACCCAGAUCAGACUCAAGUUGUAUUUUUAAUGC